AUGGAUAACCCUAAUUUUUAUCACGACUUCCCGUUCGCUGUGAAGCGCGAGGCGGAGGAAUUCCAGACGCGGCCCCGCAUCCGCUGCGAGGGCUGCGGGGGCACCGACUUCGAGAGUGGAGAUGACGGCUUCUUCUACUGCCGAGAUUGCGGUGGCCAGAGCCAGGACAUGCUGGAGACAGACUGUGCCGAGGAUGACAUGUUCGCCGAGACCGGGGCUCUGUACAACAAUAAAUAUGUCCGCCACGGCCAAUCCCAAUCCCGGCCGCUGCCGUUGUCCCAAUCGCAGUCGCAGUCGCUGUCGCAGGCCCGAUCCAAGGCCGCCAAGGAGGAGAUGCUCAGAUCCCUUGCGAGGAACCUGGGAGGCCUCGGGAACGUCAAGGAGGAGAGGCCGCACGGAUUUGAUGACGAGUUUUCCCAGCCAAUGGAUUUUGGGAACGUUCCUUUCCCGGACGACAAGAGCCUGGCGGAUGGGAUCAGGCUGAGGUACGUGCAAGGGAUGCAGCUGAUGAUACAGAUGCAGUGUAAGGAGUUGGUAGAGCGGUUUGGUAUGAGCCGUCUCAUCUGUGGAAUUGUGGGCGAGGUGUGGUUUAGGUACUUGGCAUUGCGGAAGGUAUUCGACGAGAGCUGGGCGGACAAGGCCAUCUUGGAAGCCGAAGCAGCAGCCCGUGAACGUCAUGGAAGCAGAGGUUAGGAGAUUUUUUAACACCGUGCUUAAAUCUUUGAUGGUUUGAAUUUUAUUAUAUAUAUUUUUAUCAUCAAGUAUUUGGGGCCUCAAUGGGAGAGAAGAGGGAACCCGUGGUACAUUUGAUCAUGAAGUGGGAGAGUGUGCGGAGAAUAUCAUUUUAAAUCAUCCGAGUUGCUGGAGCAGUAAGAGUUGGGUUGGAUGAUAUUCUCAUUUGUUUCUUGAAAUAUACAGCUGUUGAAGUAUUCUGAUUCAGGUAUAAGGGAUGAGAUUGAGCAUGAGGCCAAUGAGGAGGCGCAUCUUGUUGUUGUCAAGAAGUAUGGCGUAUAAUUGAUUAGAAACAGUGCAAAGCAUCGUCAAUGUAACAUAGGUUAUAUGAUUGGGGGCUUGACUGUUGAAAUUUUUGAUAACUUUCGUACUUAGAAAAACUAAUGGAACAGUUCUGUCUUAAGAAAAAUCUUGUUAUAGCAUAUGAUCGAUUUUUGUAAAACCCAUGAUAAGGCAUUAUCUGGUCGAAAUUAAAAAAAGGGUUCCGGAAGGUUAUUUAGACGUGGUUAAUAAUACAAUGUAUGACGGGUAGAGAAACUGUUGCUAGAAUAAACUCUGCCACACGGAGUGGGAAGAAGUAGGAGAAGCCUCAACCAGAAGGUGAGCUUGCAUGUGGGGGCUAUUGAGGAAGAUAUCUUGCCUAACCUGGGGGAGUUGUUGCAGAACCAUCAACAUCCGUGCUCACCACUCUGUGUCCGUUCAUUGGAUGGAUGGCAAGGAGAUACUAUUUUCCUAUCAAGUUUCAGUAUUAUUCUUGAUACUCCAUUAGUUUUGGUGAGAUUACAGACUAUGAUCCUUUAAGAUGAUUGCUCUUCUUCGAUUUUGUGUGCUUUACUUCCUCUCUGAUUUUUUGAAAUUCAAUUUAGUUAUGGCCUUCUUUCAUUUUUUUCUAUGCAUGUAUAUGUCUUUUUCUCCUUUGUUCUGUUUUAAUUGUCAAUGUUAUUAGUUAAAGUUUUUUGGAUCUUCAGUGUAGUACCCAUAGAUUUUCUGUCUUAAAAUUAUCUAUUGUUUCUGAUAAUCUUUUCAGCCAUAUCAUUUUAUAAUUUUCCUUGGAAGAUCAAUUCGUGAUACAUUAUUUGUGUCAGUUUUUUUCUCUCGAUACUCAAAUAAGUUUUUUGGCUGCAGACCACAUGAUCCGCGGUAAUGAUGAUUCAGAUGCCCAUUCUUUCUCCAGACGGAAGCCUGUGUUUGUUUGGGUCAGUUCUCUGCGAAGCAUGAUCCCAAUACACUCAUCCUUGGCUUUCACGUUCUUGGCUUGUCAUAUUGCGAGGGAACAAAUUCUGCCAACUGACCUUGUGAAUUGGGCUACCGAGGGAAAACUCCCUUACAUCUCUGCUUUCUCUGAUAUUGAGAAGUCUCUUGGAAAUCCUGGAGCUGGGUUCCCAUUGAGCUCGAGGUUUCUAUUUAGGCCUGUCUACACACCUGGAACAUGGCAGAUGGAAGCAACGGCUGGCUCAAUUGCACAUUGUGUAGGUUUGCACCUUCCUCCUGUGAAUUUCUACGCCAUUGCUCAACGGUAUCUGAGGCAACUCUCUCUCCCACUGGAGAAAAUUCUUCAGCAUGCAUGCCAUAUCUAUGAGUGGUCAAUGCCUGCUGAGCUGUGGCUGUCGGCGAAUCCUUUCCAACUUCCGACUCGUGUCUGUGUGAUGUCGAUAUUGAUGAUAGCAAUAAGAAUCUUGUAUGAGAUUCAUGGGCAUGGAGUUUGGGAGAAGAGUUUCUCUCCUUUGAAAAAUCCAUCUCCAAGUACUAAGAAGAAGGGGGAUCUUGAGAAUAAGUGCAACACUACUCAUUCUCAUGAAGAAAAGAUCGACUCAGUAUAUGAAAAGGGCUCGACUCCUGCUCAAGCUCCCCAAUUCGACACAAUGGACCUCUUGUGUAAGCUCGAGGCAAAAUACAACGACAUGAUGAAUACUCCGGGUAAGUGCAUAUUUUUUUAAUUUUUUUGCAGUUUCGUUGAUGUCUUCCCUUUGGUGGUCGAGUUUUUCUAAGAAACAACGUAUCUUGUAGCUGAUAAAUAAACUUGUUGGAUAAAUUAUUGGAAAACCCAUCUGCAUGUAGCUAUAGACAGUGGAGACGGAAAGAAUGUAGUUGAUAGGAUACAUUGAGCUGUGUUUUGGAUGUCUCCUGAAGCCCAUCUUGCCAGCAAUAUUAGAUGAAGAAUAGGAGAAGACCAGGGAAUACAUCUUUAACUUCCCACAAUAACGAGGAGUUACAUAAAUGGUGAAAAUUUCAGCCUUUUUUAUCACCGGAUUUUGCCAAUAAAACACUUUGGAAAAUUAAGCUCGUUCAAGAGUAAAUGCUCCGGGGCACAGAUUUCCUGGAUAUGAUCAGAUCAGUUGGAGGAGGCUUGAGGGUUGUGUACAGAAAUGCUCUACUGUUGAAGCCGCCAAAUGAUCAGUUGGAAUGCUAGACUAUUGAAGUCUUCAAAUGAGUACAAGAGAUGCAGACUGGCCCUGGACUUCAGUGAGGUGGCCCAGCAGGACUCGCCUAGCCCAUCGACACCCCCUGAACACAUCCACCUGUUUCAUUUUCGUAAUUAAUUCCCCCGUUUAAUGAGCCGCGACCAUAUAAUUGCAUAUACGCAUAUCUCAACAUACCCACACUUUCUGCUUGUUCUCUCUUGUGAACCUUUCCUGCGGUUAACAGCUACCAAGAAGACUUUUUUUUUUUUUUUUCUUGGCUGAUCUAUGUGGGUUUGUAAAACGUGGAUGAUCAUGCAAACUGAUGCUCGCCCGUUUAUGAUGGCAGAUCAUUCCAGGGACUUCCGAUCUUAUCUGAAAUACUGUAAAGAUAUUGUUUUUUCCGGGAUGACCACGUCAUAUGAAGAGGAGAGAUUGAUAGAAGCGCUGUGGGAUAUAUACGAGAAGCAAGAGGUAAUGUCGCCAGAUAAAUCCCCUUUUCUAUUCUGCUAUUUGUUUAAUUCUCUCUCUCUCUCUCUCUCGGAUUGGCGCGUGUAGAGUGAGGUUGCGGGCUGUUCUCUCCAAGGCAGUGCUCCAGAGACCGAAGAACCUGGUGGGGGGUGCGAUGGAAGCAGGAAGAGAUCAAGAGACGAGGUGCAGCCAUGAACAUCCCCACCGCUUAGAUAAACUUCUAGCCCCGAGUUUUUCCCUCAAAGAGUUGAGAUUUUCAGGACAGCGGCGCAGCGGAUGGAGCAAUUCGCAGUGGCGGCAAGGGAAGAUGGAGCCCGAAGGAUGAGGGCGCCGCCGCAUCCAAUGGAGCCCCCCCAGCGGCGGGGAGAGAGGCGGCGCUGGCGAGGAUGAGGCAGAACAUGAAGGAGAACGGCUUCGAGUACCUCCCUCCGAGGACCCGGCGAAGGACCGACGACUAUCUCCACUACAGGAGGAAGAAGAUCGAGGGGAGGCUCCUCUUCGUGGCCCACGCCGACUACUUCAUCCUGCUUCGCGCCUGCGCCAGGCUCGCCCAAGUCGACGCCCGGAUCAUGCACCUCGGCGUGCUGAAGCUCGAGCGGCGCCUGCGCUGGCUCGAGCGGCGGAUCGGCCGCAGCCUUCUGGCGCUCCGCCGCGGACGCGAAGGAGCUUCCGCGGCGGUGGUGGCGGAGUCUGCUCCUCCGCCGCCGUGA